AUGAAACCGGGAAUCCAAGCCAUCCGGAACCCCAAGCACCCAUCUGGACAAUACAUUCUGGUCGAGGCGGUACGAGCACUCGAUGAGCUUCGGAGGCAGGGGUGGCAAGUACAGUUCCGAUGGAUUCCAGCACAUGUCGGAGUGCCAGGUAACGAGGCAGCCGAACAAGCAGCGAAAGAGGCCGCUGGAACCAAUCAAAGCACGGGAGCGAACACUGAGCGGCCGCCAGAAGCAGACUCUCUGCAAACACUCACGGCAACUACCAAGUCCACCAUCCGUCGAGCGAUGAGAGGCGAGUGGGACACGGCCUGGGAGAAUGCCAAGCACGGUAGAGAGCUCUUUAAGCUCGGGAUACGCACGGGCAAGAUCGGCCUACGUGUGUACCUCCACACCAUCAACAAGGCCGACUCCGACCAAUGCGAAUGGGGCCACGGGCCGCAAACCGUACGGCACGUCCUGCUCGAGUGCCGAAACUGGGCGGACGAACGACAUCGAAUGUGGGCAGGCAAGGCUCCAUGCAUCGACGUCAAGCGCAUUCUCUGUAGCCCGUCAAUGGCAGAACAAGCAGCAAAGAUGAUCCUGAGGACUGGACUUCUCGGACAAUUCCGGGCAGUGCUAUCCACGGUACUUCAAUACACAUAG